UUCAAUUCUUCACACUUCAGUCGCAAGAUGGCCUCCAGCAAAAAAGAGCCUCUCGGUUCGGCAGAAGUCGAUUUAGAGAAGGCGGGACCGCCACCUACCGGCCAAGAUGAAUCCGAAGACGAAUUUCCCGGACCGAAAAAGCUCUUUCUGAUCAUGUUAGGCCUAUACUUGUCUAUGUUUUUGGUGGCAUUGGACCGAACAAUUAUUGGAACCGCUAUUCCCAAGAUUACGGACGACUUCCACAGCAUCGACGACGUCGGGUGGUACGCGAGCUCUUACUUGAUCACUCUUUGUGCUUUCCAACUCAUCUUUGGUCGGAUAUACACGUUUUACUCUGCGAAAUGGGUCUUGCUAUACGCCAUUGGUCUUUUUGAGCUCGGUUCUGUUGUUUGUGGCGCCGCGCCGAGUUCGAUUGCAUUUAUCAUCGGCCGAGCUAUUGCGGGCCUUGGAUCAGCCGGCAUCUUCACGGGCGCUGUGACGACCAUGAUCAUUUCCAUUCCUCUUCACAGACGGCCCAUGUUUCAGGCAAUCUUCGGAGCAGUCUUUGGCGUUGCCUCGGUGUGCGGGCCCCUGAUAGGAGGCGCUUUCACAACUUCCGUCAGUUGGAGAUGGUGCUUUUACAUCAACUUGCCAAUUGGUGGUUUGGUCGUAGCCAUAAUUCUCUUCAUUCUCAAAACGCCUCCCAGCAAGAAUACCGAUACCCUCAAACAACAAAUCGUGAAGCUUGACCCUCUCGGGAGCUUGGUGUUUCUCCCAGCUAUAGUAUGCUUGCUGUUGGCGCUUCAGUGGGGAGGAACAACCUACGCCUGGGCUAACGCGCGUAUCAUUGUACUUUUCAUACUUGCAGGGAUUCUGAUCAUCAUAUUCGUGAUCAUCCAAUUCAAAUCCGGCGAUAACGCAACAGUUCCCAUCCGAAUCAUCAACCAACGAAGUAUCCUUGCGGGCGCAUAUUUCUCCGUAGUGUCGCAAGGAUCGAUGAUGGUACUCAUUUACUAUCUCCCUAUCUGGUUUCAGGCCGUCAAAGGAGUCUCAGCCGUCCAGUCCGGGAUUCACACCCUUCCGCUUGUCCUGUCCCUCGUCGUUGGAAGUAUUCUGAGCGGCGUCAUCACCCAAAAAACCGGCUACUAUGUCGGUCAACUCUACGCCUCCACCAUCCUCACGGCUAUCGGUGCUGGCCUCCUUACAACGUUGACCGUCGAUAUUAGCAGUGGGAAAUGGAUUGGUUAUCAGAUAAUAUAUGGGUUCGGGCUUGGACUCGGUAUGCAGCAAGCGGGCAUGUCUGCGCAGACGUGCUUGGGCAAGAAAGACGUGAUGACUGGGGUCUCCAUCAUGUUCUUUUUCCAAGGACUUGGAGGAUCUAUCUUCAUCACUGUCGGCCAAACCGUCUUUAGUCACUCUCUUGUGUCAAAUCUUGGGAAAAUCGACAGCCUCGAUACAGCGCAGAUUGUCAAUUCUGGCGCAACAGAUUUGAAAACACUAGUUCCAGCGAAUAUGCUAGAGGAAGUACUUGUUCAAUACAACGGUGCUCUCACAAACACGUUGAAAGUUGCUCUGGCGCUUUCUUGUGCUACGCUUGUGACAGCAUUGACGAUGGAGUGGAAGAGUAUAAAGGGGCUGAAGCAAGGUGGACAGCCUCCUGUGGCCGAAAAAGAUAAAGCGGAGGAGACGAGUGAGGAGAGAAGCAUGGCUACUGAGACAAAGACAUCGGUUGCAAAUGAUGUUAAUUCGGCUGCAACUGGUGAGCCGGAAGCGUCCAAGUUGUCCUGA